ACCUCAAUGUUACUGAACGUGUUGUGAAAAGAAACUGUUUAGUACUUGAUUUUCAUUGUUUUAUAGUAGCAUCUACAAUCUACAAUAUGAGUAAUCACCCAAGCCCUCGUAAAAGGAAAGUAUCUAAUCCUGACUCAUAUAUACGGACCAAAAAUAAAAAUGCUCGGCUGAAAGGGCAAGAAUAUGUAAGUCCUAGUGGGAAAACAGUUGCAUCAAAACAGCCAGAAUUUGAUUGCAGAUGUGCUAACCAAUGCCUGAAAAAAAUUGGGGAAGAUGGGUGUACACAAAUGUUUUCAAAGUUUUAUAACCUAUCAUCAAAAAAUGAACAAGAUUUGUUUCUUCAAGGUCAAGUUGAUGCCAUAGAAGUUCAACGGCGACGUCCAUCUACAGAUACUCCUCCUCAAAGGGCACAGAAAACUGCUUCUUUCAAGUACCAUGUUAAUAAAGUCCCCAUAAAACAGGCAAAAAUCGAGGACAUAUUGAAACUAAAGGAAUACAUCCCUGAUGUCUACUCUGCUUUCUACAAUGAAGUCUUCCAGUGGCUCACAACCACCAACAAUCAAGGUCCAGACAGUGACUACGAGAUUGAAACUGACAAUGAAAUCGAAGAACACUAG